GAUAUGCUUUGGAGGUGCAGACAAAGCAUCUUUGAUGAAAUGAAGAAGAAAUUUUCACAGAUUGAAAGUGCUGCUGAUGAACCUAGAGUUCUUUGUAUAAUACAAGAUACUACUAAUUCUAAGACAGUGAAUGAACGCAUCACUUUGAACCUGCCAGCUUCCACUCCAGUGAAAAGAUUGUUUGAGGAUGUAGCCUCCAAAGUGGGCUAUGUUAAUGGAACCUUUGAUUUAAUUUGGGGAAAUGGAGCCAAUGUUGCUGACACGACACUAUUGAAUCAGUCUAGUGAUAAAUCCGUUGUUGAUUCUGGUUUUGAGCCUGGGAAAAAGAAUUUUCUGCAUCUAACAGAUAAAGAUGGAGAACAACCUCAAGUAGUAUUGGAAGAGUCCAGUGGAGAACAUGAUCGCAAUCAAGACCGAUUUAUAGGUCCCCUACCACGAGAAGGUUCAGUUGGAUGUUCCAAUGAUUAUGUCAGUCAGAACUAUUCCUAUUCAUCCGUUCUGAGUAAAUCAGAAACAGGAUAUGUGGGUCUAGUAAAUCAAGCAAUGACCUGCUAUUUGAACAGCCUUCUCCAAACCCUUUUCAUGACACCAGAAUUUAGAAAUGCAUUGUAUAAAUGGGAAUUUGAGGAAUCUGAAGAAGAUCCAGUGACAAGCAUCCCUUUCCAGCUUCAAAGGCUGUUUGUUUUGCUGCAGACAAGCAAAAAGAGAGCAAUUGAAACUACAGAUGUUACACGAAGCUUUGGAUGGGAUAGUAGCGAAGCAUGGCAGCAGCAUGAUGUACAGGAACUUUGUAGAGUCAUGUUUGAUGCUUUGGAACAAAAAUGGAAACAAACAGAACAGGCUGAUCUCAUAAAUCAGCUCUAUCAAGGCAAGCUGAAGGACUACGUAAGAUGUCUGGAGUGUGGAUAUGAAAGUUGGAGAAUAGACACAUACCUUGAUAUUCCAUUGGUCAUUCGGCCUUAUGGCUCCAACCAAGCUUUUGCAAGUGUGGAGGAAGCUCUACAUGCGUUCAUUCAACCUGAGAUCCUUGAUGGCCCCAAUCAGUAUUUCUGUGAACGCUGCAAGAAGAAAUGUGAUGCAAGAAAGGGCUUGCGGUUUUUGCAUUUUCCUUAUCUACUUACCUUGCAGCUAAAGAGAUUUGACUUUGAUUAUACCACCAUGCACAGGAUAAAACUUAAUGACCGAAUGACAUUUCCAGAAGAGCUGGACAUGGGCUCAUUCAUUGAUAUAGAAGACGAGAAGUCUCCACAAACAGAGAGUUGCACUGACAGCGGAGCAGAGAACGAAGGCAGUUGUCACAGUGAUCAGAUGAGCAAUGAUUUCUCCAAUGAUGAUGGAGUGGAUGAAGGAAUUUGCCUUGAAAGUAACAGUACUGCUGAAAGGAUUUCAAAAAUUGGCAAUGAAAAGAAUUCUUUAUUAUAUGAACUAUUUUCUGUUAUGGUCCAUUCGGGAAGUGCAGCUGGAGGUCACUAUUAUGCAUGUAUAAAAUCUUUUAAUGAUGACCAGUGGUACAGCUUCAAUGAUCAACAUGUUAGCAAGAUAACUCAUGAAGACAUUAAGAAAACCUAUGGCGGAACAUCUGGAAGCAGAGGGUAUUAUUCCAGUGCUUUUGCAAGUUCUACGAAUGCAUAUAUGCUUAUAUACAGACUGAAGGAUCCAACAAGAAAUGCAAAGUUCCUAGAAGUGAAUGAUUAUCCAGAUCACAUUAAAAGACUGGUACAAAAAGAAAAAGAGUUAGAAGAACAGGAAAAGAGACAGCGUGAAAUAGAGCGCAAUACUUGCAAGAUAAAAUUAUUCUGUAUGCAUCCUAUGAAACAAAUAAUGAUGGAGAAUAAGCUAGAAGUUCAUAAAGACAAGACUCUGAAGGAAGCUGUAGGGAUAGCUUAUAAGAUAAUGGAUUUGGAAGAAGCCAUUCCUCUGGAUUGCUGCCGUCUCGUGAAGUAUGAUGAGUUUCAUGAUUAUUUGGAGCGAUCUUAUGAAGGGGAAGAGGAUACUCCAAUGGGAAUCUUGCUUGGGGGUGUCAAAUCAACUUACAUGUUUGAUCUCCUUCUGGAAACAAGACGACCUGAGCAGGCUUUCCAGUGUUAUAAACCCGGUGAAGUCAUGGUAAAAGUUCAUGUUGUUGACCUGAAGCAAGAAACUGUGGCUCCUCCUGUUAGUGUCCGUGCUUAUCUGAAUCAGACUGUAACAGAAUUCAAGUAUCUUAUUUCAAAGGCUGUACAUUUGCCUGCUGAAACAAUGCGUGUUGUGCUGGAACGUUGCUACAAUGAUUUGCGCCUUCUCAACGUGGCUAACAAAACACUGAAAGCUGAAGGCUUUUUUAGAAGCAAUAAAGUAUUCAUUGAAAGUUCAGAUUCUCAGGAUCGACAGUUGGCAUUUACAGAUUCCCAUUUAUGGAAAAUUCUGGAUCGCCAUGCAAAUACGAUCAGACUGUACGUUUCAUUACCGGAACAGUCUCCUGGAUCACACUUUAGAAGGACAGUUUUUCAGAAGGCCAGUGGAGAUUCCAGCAAUGUAGAUGAACUCUGUCAUAGAGUAAAAGGACCUUUAGGUAAUAUGAAAUCAGUAGAAGCUAUCCUAGAGGAGAGUACAGAAAAACUUAAAACCUUGUCUCUACAGCAACAGCAGCAAGACGUGGAUAAUGGAGACAGCAGCAAGAGCACAGAAGCGAGUGACUUUGAAAACAUUGAAUCCCCUUCUAAUGAGGUUGAUUCAUCAGCUUCAGCAGAAAACCGUGAUCUUGAAAACCAAAUUCAAGUUUCCGAUCCAGAAAAUUUCCAGUCAGAGGAACGGUCAGAUUCUGAGGUGAAUAAUGACAGGAGUACAAGUUCAGUGGACAGUGAUAUUCUUAGUUCCAGCCACAGUAGCGACACCUUAUGCAAUGUGGACAAUGCUCCCAUCCCCUUGGCUAAUGGUCUUGACUCACACAGCAUAACCAGCAGUAGGAGAUCUAAAGCAAAUGAAGGAAAGAAAGAGACGUGGGAUACAGCUGAAGAAGAUUCUGGCACUGACAGUGAAUACGACGAAAGUGGCAAGAGCCGGGGCGAAACACAGUAUAUGUACUUCAAGGCAGAGCCCCAUGUUGCAGAAGAAGGUUCUGGAGAUGGACAAAAAUGGUUAUUAAUUCACGUUGACAAAAGAAUUACACUCUCUGCCUUCAAACAACACUUGGAGCCAUUUGUUGGUGUUCCAUCCUCUCAGUUCAAGGUCUUUCGAGUUUACGCCAGCAAUCAAGAGUUCGAAAGUGUGCGGCUCAAUGAGACCCUUUCGUCCUUCUCAGAUGACAAUAAGAUAACAAUUAGGCUUGGGAGAGCACUGAAGAAGGGGGAAUACAGAGUCAAGGUUUAUCAGCUCUUGGUUAAUGAUCCAGAGCCCUGCAAGUUUCUUCUAGAUUCUGUGUUUGCUAAAGGAAUGACGGUGCGUCAGUCAAAAGAGGAGCUCCUUCCUCAGCUCAGGGAGCAAUGUGGCCUAGAUCUGACUGUCGACAGAUUCCGCCUAAGAAAGAAGACCUGGAAAAAUCCAGGCACCGUGUUUCUGGAUUAUCAUGUCUAUGAAGAAGAUAUAAAUAUUUCAAGUAACUGGGAAGUCUUCCUAGAAAUACUGGAUGGAGCAGAAAAGAUGAAAUCGAUGUCACAACUUGCUGUUCUGUCAAGACGGUGGAGGCCAUCAGAAAUGAAGCUGGAUCCUUUUCAGGAAGUAGUUUUGGAAAGCAGCAGUGUUGAUGAGUUAAGAGAAAAGCUCAGUGAAAUAAGUGGAAUCCUUGUAGAAAAUAUUGAGUUUGCAAAGGGCAGAGGAACAUUUCCUUGUGAAAUCUCAGUUCUAGAGAUACAUCAGGAUUUGGAUUGGAAUCCUAAGGUUUCUACACUGAAUGUAUGGCCUCUCUACAUAUGUGAUGACGGAGCAGUGAUAUUUUAUAGGGAUAAAAUGGAAGAAGUGGUAGAGCUGACGGAAGAACAGAGAAGCGAAUUAAUGAAGAAAGAAAGCAGCCGGCUUCAGAAAACCGGACAUCGCGUGACCUACUCCCCUCGUAAAGAAAAAGCACUAAAAAUAUAUCUGGAUGGAGCGCCAAAUAAAGAUUUGACUCAAGACUGAUAACUUAUUUCAGCAUUCUCCCCUGGGGAAUUUCCUUUUGUUCAAGUGAGAGGUUCACUACUACUGUGUAGUGCCGUUACGGCAGGACUUUAGGUGUGAAGGAACAACACCAGCACUGGUUGGGCUGCAGUUUUACCAAUCAGAAGCACAGCGCCCAGUCAGGCCCACUGUUUGACUUGGAAUCAUGUUGUGUGCACUAUAGUCAAAUGUACUGUAAAGAUAAAAGGGAUGUGCAAAUAAAAA